AUGAACCAUUCAGAUUCUGACCAACUCACCCCAACUACCUCCAAUACCAAUACCAAUACCAAUACCACCACCACGGUGAUUAAACCAAUAGCCAAAGGUUUGCUUUCGCAUACUUCUUCGUCGACCACCCUUGUGGAUUAUGGUAAGCCUCCGCAAGAAGUCUUUGCCUUGAAGGAUACGUUCAAUGGCUCGAGUUGUAUUUUGAAAGGUGCUGAUUCCCCAGGGAUUUACAAGCACUUGUUGGCAAAAAACCACCCAUUGGAGAACAACAAACAAGAGCAGCAAGAGACAAAAACAACAACAAUAAUAACAACAACGGCUUCAGAGAAAGAGACGGUGGAGAUUCCGGUGUUACGAGGCCCAGAGUGUCCGAAUACUUAUGCUCGGUAUUUUUGA